GUUGGAAAAAUGUAGAACAUAAAUUUCAGUAAGUAUUGCAUUAAGUAUUGUAGUGAUCUGUUUAUAUUUAGAGUAAUGAAAGACAUGGAUGAUCCAAGCUGUACUUUAGUAGGACGACAAGGAUACUGCACACAGGAAAUGGUGAACUUGUUUCUUAUUGGGAAAGCUGUCUCUAACGUUUUCAAUGGUACUGUAGAGCUUGGAAAAUCUGGUCUAGAUGGUACUACCUUACAUGGGAUACCAGAACAGAGCGAUGUAGGAUUUCUGUCAUUGUUUGAACAUUACCAGUCAUGUGAGGUGGGAUCUCACUUGAAAAACCCACGAAAUCCCAUCUGGAUUGUCCUUAGUGAAAGUCAUUUUUCGGUACUUUUUGCUACAUGUAAAGAAGUGCUCUCACUUAACAAAGACCCUUUUCAUCUGUUUUACUACGAUGGAUUGUCUAGGCAGGAUGAAGAGAUUUGUUUAACAGUAGAUCCAAGAGGACAGGUAUUUCAUGAAUCUGGUGAUAGUGAUUUUGUGCCUCCGUUAGAACUAUGUAUACAAACUAGGUGGAAAGAAGCUGCUGUUAACUGGAAUGGCACAGAUCCACUCUUGUGAAGAAACUUGUAUUCUCCUGUGGCCACAUGUGGUUUAUAUUUGUUUAUAUAAACAAAUUAUCAUACAGUUCAGAUUGUGAUGGUGCAGUGUCUUCAGUGAGUGAUAACAUUACCAUGUAGUUUUCUGAACUCUAUACAGGAUAUAAAACAAUUCUUUAUUGCACACAAUGUUUCAUAAAAAUUUCAAUUUUAUUCAUCGUGAUCUUAAAAGCAAUCCUGUGAAAGAACUUGUAUUAACAUACUAUACCGAUACUCUUCAAGCAUGUAUACAAAGCUGUGGGUAAAAUUGUUUUAUCUAUAUUCAAGUACAUGUAUGAACAUCACAGUUUUAUUAUUGUUGAACCUAGAGUUUGAUUUUGUGUGGAAUCAACAAAGAACCUAUGAUGCAACUUUAGUAAAGAACAAGAAAUUUUAUCACUAAUUGUGUGAAAAAUCAUAUUGUAGCUUUCCAACACUGCCCAAUAUAUAUAUAAUGUAACAAAUUAGUGUUAGAGUACUUACCUCUUUUUUUUGUCUGUGUCAUUCUUCUUAGAUAUAUUUUAUUAUUGAAAAUUGACAAAGGUUUCCAGUCAUUAUAAUUUUCAUUAAGGGUAGGUUUCAUAUUAGUUAUAAUGUUGGAAAUUUCUUUAUUAACAUUGUAAUGGUUUCUGCUUAUGUGUUUAUUUAAACUAGCCUAUGAAUGUUGCUUGAAAUCAGGCCUUACAUGAGAAUUUGUAUAUUGCUUGAAAGUGAGCCUAACGUAAGAACUUGUAUAUUGCAUGAAAUUAAGCCUAACGUAAGAACUUGUAUAUUUCUUUAAAGUAGGCCUAACGUUAAAACUUGUAUAUUGCUUUAAAGUAAACCUAACGUAAGAACUUGCAUAUUGCUUGAAAAUAAGCCUAACGAAAGAACUUGCAUAUUGCUUGAAAGUAGGCUUCUAGCAACACAGAAGUUACUAGUAAUAAAGCUCAAAUCUAACUGCUUGUAACUUACAGUUAUCAUAUAGCUUGUUUUUGUUCUUUUAAAAUAGUAUAUACAGUUUUUUAAACUAAAAGUAUGUUAUCAUUAUAUGAAAGUUAUAUGUUUAUCAAUUAUUUUUGUAUCAAAACUUGCCAGUUUAUAACUAUAGCUUUAUUGAACGUUAUUUCUGUAUGUUCUAUUUUAAAAACAACCAAACUGAUAGAAAGACAAUUCUAAAACCAGGACUUGUUUAUUAAAUGAAAGAGUAAGAACCAGUUGUAUUUAUCUACCCAGAAAAUGUAAAUUCAUAAAUAUCAAAACGUUAAGCAUAUUAUCUACUUGUUUCGAAGUUAAACAUCAGGUCUAUGGCAAGACAUUGUUUAGAAAAUGUCUUAAAGAGAUAUAUGAUAAAGAAAAUGUCAUAAAGAGAUAUAUAAUAAAGAAAAUGUAAAUAGAUAUAUAAUAAA